GAGUAGCAAUACCGAUCACGAAAUAGAUCGGAUGAACCUAAAUGUGAUUGAACAGUGGAUUAGAAGGAAUGCCGACCAGAUAAUAGAUACAUUGGCCAUAGUCCGCUGUUUUGGAAUGACAAACGUGGCGAUUUGAUACAUUUACUGGAGCCCAGGUGAAGGAUUAAAACCGUGUAAAUUUGAAAAAUCUCAAACAAGUGUUUCUGCGUUACAGUAUUUGGUGUUAUGUGAUUAAGUUAAAAGCCACGAGUGAAACAGCAGUUUUGCCGGAUAUAACAACUGUUUAUUCUGACCCGUGAGUGCAGUGUGGAAGGAUCGACGUAGUGUUAGUUGUUUGUUGUGAUUCGUGAGUGCAGUGUGGAAGGAUUAGCGGAGUUUAUAAUUGGUGAUAGUCAGGAUUAGACAAGACUUAGCGGUCAUGCAAGGAACCAAGAUGAAGGAGCACGCACAGGAAACACAAGGUCUACGAUCCGUCCUCCGUGACUCAAACCAGAAAGGCAACCCGUUUAAUGACGUGUCGAUACAGGCGGACAUUCGAGUGGGGGAGCCCACCACCUACGAGAGCGAGGAUGAGCUAAUGGGGAUGGGUCGACGCAAGCAGCUGGGCAGAAGCAAGCGAGGGACCCCUCUGUACAGCAAGGAGGACAUCAGAGAGCAAUACUGCAUCAACGACAAACAGCUGCAUGGCCUUGAGGACAUACAGAACACGGGGGGCUUGUUCGGCUGUCUGUCCUCCUACCAUGUCGACCUUAGUGACUCUUCAUGUAGUUCAAGAAGCCCGGGCCUGUUAUCAGUUUGUGUUCGCCGGAAAGUGCCGUCAGAUGAAAACUUGGCAGAGUUGUGUAGAAGACCAGCCUACGAUUAUGCACCAUUUCCUCGAUGGCCAAGGUACUUUCCUCCUGAAGAAGCUGUCUACUUCAGACGAAGGCCUAAGUCGCUGUGUAAUGAUCCGCACGGAUACACAUGGAUGGCAGAGGAUGAAGAGGCAAUCAGAAUGGAGCACCCUAGACCAAUCCGACCCGACGAAUACGACAUGUGUAACAACUAUCCGAGAAGGGGACCACAUUACAUGAGCUACAGUACAGAGUAUUUGGUUGGUCGACACAUGCCUUGUCCUGCCCAUCCACACCUGCCUCCACCACCACCGCCUCCUGCGAUACCUACCAUGCCUCACAGAACAAAACAUGUCAGUUUUGCUCGUUCACACACCUUAACAUCAUUUGACGAUGCAGUAGUCAGCAUGGCUGGAAGUGUUAGCUCGUGUAGCCAAGAGAGACUUAUUGAUGGGAAAAAGUCCACGGAAACAUUACAAGAACCUCAAAAAGUUGUUGUCAUGGAAAAAGUUAAAAGGGCUCCUAUGAAGACUCAAGCUACGCAGACGGAAGUUUGUUUAGGAAGAAAGCCUUUGCCUCCAAAUUACCUAACUCUUAGUCCAAGAACUGUACGAAGGGUUCGAAUGGUAUCACAAGGUGCACAAACUAAUGGUGACAAGAACAACCGAAGACUGAUGAAGAGUUUCUCUGAGGUGGGGCAGUUUGGGGUAGGAGCAACAAACACCAACACAAACACAGCUGACUCCCAUGAGCCUCUGCAACGAACCCAAUCUGAGGAGCCUCCCCGAUCACCCUUUCUUCCAACAAGUCCAAAGGAAAUCCUUAUAGACUUUGAACCCCUGGAGAGAAGAGGUAGAAAAAGAUUACUCGGCAAAACUGUAUCUGACGGAGAGAUAUUGGAAGCACAAGCUAGAGAAAAGGAAGAACGAGGGGAUGGAGCGACCCAAUCAGAUUGUGAGGCUUGUUAUCAGAACACUUCCAUUGACGAACCAUCGGAGAAGCAGACGAGAUCAGGCUCCUCAGCAUUCUCGGGAUCUGAAGCCACUAGUCCUGUGAAACAGUUAAUAUCCGCAGACUCCCAGGAGGAGGAGUUUCACGAGAACCUAAUCUACGGAUCGCAUGGAUUGUUCCGCAAGCAGAGCACGGGCGAGGAUGCAGACAGCGGACUCAUGUCCAUGGCCGACCCCAAGCCCCCGGCCAAGGCACAGUCACCCUUCGCAUCCUCGGAUUCUCUCAACACACGUGAUCAUAGCGACGGCAUCUGGAACGAGUCUCAGACUACGAUCCUACACGCAGACUCUGACAACAACGGAGGAGGUACAGGUGUGAGCUGCUCAGACCUCAGUUCCUCGCUGAGUCCGUCGGCCGCCAUCAUGAACAUGACUCCCUCGUCUCGGAGGAAACACCUCCUAAUGUUGCAGCAUCAGCAACGGUCGUCAAUGGACACUGAGGCCUUGGACGCUGAAGACUUGGAUGCUGAACAACCUCCUCUGUCCCCGCGAGUGCGAGGCACCGUGGAUCAGCUACAAACCGUGCCUACAGUCGCCGUUACCACACCUACUCAGGACCCCCGUACUGAUCCUGGAAAACCAAUCAUCAAAAACACACUGCCUUAUUUCAAAACACGAAUAGAACAAUCACUCUCACCUAGUCACAGAGCAAGAAGAAGAAGUCCUGAUUUGCGUCCACCAGAAGGAGAAACCCACCAACACAGUGACAUGUUGGCGAGAUCGGACUCUGGAAAGACAAACACAGAUAUGUCGGAAACAUCAACGACGACGGAAGAUUACGCCACAGCCACCGAGAACAAUUCCGGGACAGACACGAGUUCUCGGCUGCUGAGAGGGGACUCUGGCCAAUCAGCGACUGGUACGACGGCCACCAGUGUGGCUCAGUCGGUCACGGGCAGCUCCUUCGAGAGCGGCUCCUCACUGUACAGCCUAGCACGUGGUGAAGCCAUCGAGGAAGUACAGCAGGUGCCUUGUUCGCCCCCACCACCAGCGAAGGAAGAGAAAGAUAAGACCAUAGAGAUGCCUGCUGAGAAGAAACAGAAAGACAAUGAUUCUAUCAGUGGGGAAAGCAGUAGCUCAGGGAGUUACAGUGUUGACGGCAGCAGUGGAGAGAAGAGACAGUCUGAUAGGAGCGGAGGGUGUUCUUCACCCGGUGACUAUGAAUCCCCUGUAGAGGAACGAUCCAAGUCUAGGUCGUGGACUGAAGAGGAACGAAUUGAAGCAAAGAAAAGUUUCAAAUUAGAGCUGUCGUCACCUCAAAAAGAUCAGGCUUCUAGUCCACCCACAGUUGUAACUCCCCAGAGAGCCAUGUAUCCCAUCAAAUCUCCAGUCAGAGAUGGGGAACAAGAGGUGCCUAAAAAACCAAAAAGUAAAAAUGCAAGUCCCAACCAACCAUCAGGGAAACAUACACCAACACAGGUGGUGGUCAGUAAUGGUAUGGGAGGUGAGUCAUCAGAAGACUCGAGUGGGGAGUGUGCCUGUGGCCGUCAACGGAGAUCUAGGGAGAGUCCUAGAAGGAAGUCCGGGGGAAGAAGUCCCACAUCACACAACCGUACAAGACGGAGAAGCAACAGUGGUGAUGAGAACAGUCGACGGCGGAGCUCAGUAGCUGCCAAGUCACCCAGUCCUGUAGGGGUGGAGGAGGGAGCUACACUGAAGGCUGGGUCUCGUCUCUUCCCUGGCCAUGAGGCUGUGCGCAGUCCCGGUGGCAGUCCUAGCAGACGGGGAAAGUCUAAGGGAAUCUCAAGUCCAGAGUCAGCAAGACUGAAAGCACUGAGUGCAGAGAGUCUGCGUUCUGUCAGUCCUGGGUCAGACUCAGUGUUCUACAGUGAACACAGCAGUGCUACAGUUACAAUCACAGAACAACCUGCUUGUCACCACUGUGGUCGCAAUGUACACACGUCUCCACCAUCAGCAGGUGCGGUGAGUGGGGAAAGCAACGGGACGGAUCGCAGUGGGGGGAUGAGAGAGCCCAUUGUACAGCCCCCGGCGGGGUUUGCAGACUCUCCCCGCCCUGUACGAGCCACCACCCCUGCCCCCCGCCUGUACAAGAAGGCAGACAAGAGGUUCCGCUCGGAGGAGAGGAGACACGCGGCUCGGGUACACGCAGAGGCUGUGAGAGCCAAGUCUGAGGAGCGAGGGCGGGAGGAGAAGAAAGAGAAAGUCAGGCCUCUGACUCGAUCUACAGAUGCUAGUAUGGAGAAGCUGCGUUGUAGUCCCAGCAGUCUGUGUUCAGAUGAUGAUGACUGCGGAGUCUACACGGAUGCCUACUACGCAGCCACAUGGGUGUACAUUGGAGACAGUGAGGAACUGCAGGUGUGGCAGCGGCCGAACAGUCUAGAAGAUGAGGAAUCGUCGCGUAGAGACUCCGUAGAUUCUACCGGAUCUGAGAGAGAAUUCCGCAGAAGAUAUCAGGCCAUCACACAUCGCAUGGUUCAUCGCAAGUCUAGCUUGGAGAUGUACAAACGGCUGGCUUCAAAGUCAUUUGAGAGUGACAAGAAGGUACUAGUUCGUCGUGUAUCCGGAGAGUUUGGGUUCCGGAUCCACGGAUCACGUCCAGUUGUGGUGUCCGCUAUCGAACCGUCAACACCUGCCGAAACGUCUGGCCUGGAGGUUGGCGACAUUGUCAUCAGCGUCAACAAAGUCAACGUGCUUGACGCAAGCCACUCUGAUGUCGUCAAACUUGCACAUGGAGGAUCUGACACAUUAGAGCUGGAAGUGGCCAGGACUAGUGAUGUGUUCACCACAGGGAGUGUGACGAAGCCUCUUCUCACUGGGACUCUGUUGCGACUUUCGUCCUCCUGCUCCAAGAACCGUGGGACGUGGGUGCCUCGACACUUUGUCCUCAAGCAAGAUCACUGCCUUUACUAUUACAAGACUGAAACUGACACACAACCUGUAGGGGCAGUGCAUCUGGCAGGCUACACUGUGUCUCGCACCCCUGACUCAGGCCGUCCACACAGCUUUAGGCUCAGUAAGAAGGGAGCUCUCACGCUCCACCUAGCUACACAGUCUGCCGAGAGAGUGGAUCAGUGGAUCAACGCUCUCACUUCAGCCACCGCUCCCAUUGAGGAGCCCUGGCAGGAUGAAAAGUGCCUCAAGAUCCCUCCGACCCGCGUACAGCAGCCGGAGUGUGCCGGGACAUUGUGUACACUGGUCCAUCAUAGAGGCAAGGCGUGGCGGCGACGGUUCUGUGUCUUAAAAAAUGCUUGUAUUUAUUUCUUCUCUGAUAUCAAUGCUGAUUGCGCCUCAGGUAUGGCUUGCCUCCAAGGGUACAGAGUGCAGAGUUCAGCGUCAGGAGCAAAACGUUUUGCCUUCGAGCUUAUUCCUCCAGAUCCUUCACUAAAACAUUUUUAUUUCUACACUGACACAGAAAUGGAUAAAAAGAGAUGGCUAGCUGCCCUAGAGUACUCGAUUGACCGAUGGAUCAAAGUAAGUUGAACAUGAGAAUCCUGAGGCCACUCUACGACGAACGAAAUUGUGAACAUGACUUCUUUGCCAUCGGGAAUCAGAUUCCGACUCGAAAUUACGAAUCAAACAAGCGAAUUGUAUGUUUAAAUAUACACAGUUUUAUUACAGAGUAAUAAAAUAUAUCUGGAGUAUAUCGAUUGUUAGUUACCUAUUUUAAGGACAUGCUGCAUGCAUAUUUCCAAGAAAUAUAGUUAGCAGUGAUGUAAAUUCUAAGUGUACCAUGUGGGUAGUUAGGUUAGUUACACUCACUGUCGUCCAGUUGCUGGAUAAACUCAGUAAGCCAACACCAAUCGGGUGCAAUAUUUGCAAACGGGAUUCAAUUAUCACUAAAGCGAAUGUAUUUUUAUAUUCUUUUGUAUUUAGUUGGUUCCUAUAUUUGAAGUUAGUAGUCUUUCCACAGGGUCACAGUUUCUAAUUGUUUUGAAGAGUUUACAUCAUAUUUGUAUGAAUUUUAGUCCGAUACCCUAAUAAGUGAUUCUUAUAUUCAAUCGGGAAUGUUUUACAGCGUUUUAAACCACCAAAAGGAAUGGCGUAAUGAAGGCCAAAGUUGUAUAUAAGUUGUGUAUAACUUUACUGUGUGUUACAUGUUUUCCUAAUGUUCAGCGAUAUAUUUUGAUACGAAAUAAAUAUGUUCAAAAAUAUAUAUGUGUGUUGAUUCUACUCAUUUGUAAAUAGUUUAGCUGAUUACAUAUCGUUAGUGGUUUUGCACAUAGAUUCUCCAAAGGUUAUUUGGCAAGUGAUAUGUAUAAAUCAAAAUCCUAUUGAUUUUUUACCAAGAAAUGUUGCAAUAGUAUGUUCUAAAAUGUCAUCGUAAACAUGUUUCAUAUUAAUAAUAACUAAUAAUUAUAACCACUUUCUCAAAAACGUGAAUGUAAAAAGUCUAAGCACCAAGUUAUGAGUGAGUAUAAAUUUUCAUUCAAAGUCCAAACAUUAACACCGUAUUUAAAAAAAAAGUUUUAAAUCUUAACCAAAGGUUUCCAACCAACUUUUUUUAAAUGAAUAAAAAAAAAAUUAAAUCCUAGUCAAAUGUGUAAAAAUAAAAUAGUUCAUUUUGCCGACACGUGUUAUUGAUUUAUUUCAAACUUGCCAGAUAAACUUAUUGUGUAAAUCAACAGGCCUACUUAGUGUUUUAAGAGGAAAAAGUGAUCAAAUUCAAAUGUAACAUUUGUUGCAUUUUUAAAGGAUUUAUUGUAAAGUUAUUAAACAUGUACAGUUUAAAUUUACUGUUUUGUUUUUGGAUAUUUUAAAGAAAGCCUAGGCUUAUAAAUAUAUCUGUUGUUUUUAAUUUGAAUAUAUUUUAGAUUUAAAAAUGGACACAGAAGUAAACGCUUUAAAUACAAUUGCGGGUAACUUGGUAUUAUUAAUGUGUACAUUUUAACCUAAGUGAGAAUAAGCCAUGUGAAUGUUAGUGUUUUAGAAUUUUUUUCAACAUGUAAUUUUCAGAACUGAUUUAAUUAUUUUACUCGAACAGAUUAUUUUCAGUGCUUCAACACGCUGUGAUUAUUAUUAAUUUCUCAACGUAGUAUUGUAUACCACAAUGCUGUACCGGUAUGAAAAAACUUGUCUGAACAUGGUGCCUGUUGUAGUAAGGUGCAAUUAGAUCUAAACCUGCACAUUGAAAGUGAAAGCUAUAACUUUUGACUCCAAACUGCCAAAUAUAAUUCCUGUCUUGUAUGGUAAAAAGUUACACAUAAAAGCAUCCAGUUUUAGGGAUUUUAGCUGAAAAAUAAGUAGUUUUUUUUUGUUUUUAUAUAAUAGUAAAAAAACAAUGUGGUUUAGUGCAAAGUAUGUUAUUUACUAAAUCAAUAUCUAAAAUAAAUUGCAAAAAAGUAUGGUCCUGUUCAUAAUUUUUCCAAAUUGAACGGUUACAGAGUUCAAAAUCAUUAAAAAGGUUCAAAUAUUUUUAAUGUUUUUAAAUUUAUGACUUCAUUACCAUGAAAACUACUUUUAUGUACAGGUUUUUGUAUACUUUUUUUAAGCAAAUUGUGAUUUUAGUGGCUGUGAUUGUUAGUGAUACGCCCUUGUAGGAACGACCAGAUAUAUGUAUUACAGAUACUGUAUAUGUAGAUUUGCACUAGCUAUGUGAAAAUUAUUAAUCAAGUCUGUGGAACACUUAGAAAUGUUGUAAACAGUGUGGUGCUGUAUGACUAGUCUCUUGGAAGACAAGGUUCUUAGUUCGAAAAUCAUAAAAGACUAAUCGUUAAACUAAACGGACAUAUUAUUUGAGUAAGUACUGUUUGGUUAGCCCCCAUCAAUGACUUCCACGGAUGGGCCUGGUUGAUGAAAAAAGAGAGGUGUAAGUUGUGAUUGCAAGUGUGUGUGUGAAGGACAAAUAAUUCUUUAGGGUUCAUUAGGAAAAAAGACUUAACAGAGGCUUUUGGAAGCUUCUUUUUCAUUUAAAAGUAGUGUCCUCUAAGAAGAGGGCGAGGCCUGGCGAGGUUGUUGUUCCUUCAAGGGUUUAUCACUAAUAUUCACAGACCACUAAAAUCACAAUUCGCCUUCAAAAAACACAAAUACAUUAUUCUGUAUACAAAAGCUGUUUCCAUAGUAAUGAAGUCAUAUAUUUCAAAGCAUUAAAAAUGUUUAAAAAUUUUCAUUUUUAUCCUUUGUAAUUCUGUAAGCGUUCUCAAAAUUAAGAAGAGUACAAUAAUUCUUUGUUGAAAUUUUUUGUAAAUAAUGUGUUUUGUAAACUACAUGGUUUUUUAAAAAUGUAAUGAGGACCAAAAAAGCUACCAGUUUUUCAACUUUAACCCCCCUCCCCCUUCACACGGCUCUCGAAACUAAAUAACUUUUUUUACCAUACAAUACAAAGAACUAUAUUGAACUAUUUGGUGUCAAAAGUUAGCUUUCACUUUGUAUGUUGAGAUUAGGCAGUUGUUUUUGCUAAUUGCACCGUACGAUUUAGGAUCUAAAGCAGAAAAAUCCUUUAUUAUAUUUCAUAAGUUAUUGGAGUAAUUUGCAUGUUUCACAAAAAUUAUCUGUAUUGUAAUACCAGUUACUUUUGAUCAAAAGCAGACAAAAUCAUCCACUAUUCAUCCUAACCUUUUUAUGUUUAAAAACAACUGGCACCAAACCUUAAUUAUUAUUUUUUUUUAGAAUCUAUGUUUAAAAUUACAAAUAAAACAUUGGUAGCAUUUUGUUAUCCUCCAAGUUUUUUUUUUAUUUUUACAAAUUGUACUACAACUUGUUAAUUCUCCCUUUUUCUUUAGAAUACCAAUUCUAGUGUAUUUGCAUAAAACGUUGAGCCUUUAUCUAUACUCAUUAGAAUCCUGUAAGGUUUUUGUUCAAGUUGUGUAUGCCAAGUCAGUAAAGGUUUCUGCGCUACAUGUGACCACCAAUGGUUGUUCCUACACAUGACGGUAGUGUCGGAACCGUUCAAUCAGUCUGUUAGUCAAACGAGAAUGUAGAAUAGUUGUCAAAGCACUAAGUCACUAGCGUAAGUGUAGUAAUAAGUUUCUCACCCUCGAAUUUGCCUGAGAUAAAAUAGCAAAAUAUAAAUAAACAAGUAAAACAUUUUUAACAUUCAAGCUCUGAUAAAGUAUGUUAUUUUUUGGGGCUCAAUCGAUCCUAUUUACUCAUAAUGUUAAAUUUAUACAGUAACAAUAUGGAUUAUGAAUAAAAAGCUCUUAAAUUAGUACAGUAUUAUGUUAUCGUUAUCAAAAAGUAUCAUUGAGAAUUAUAUUUAAUUGGGAUUACCUAUACUAGGUUUGAUUUUUACACACUGAUUACAGCUAAAAUAUACUUUAAGAAAUUGUCUCCUAUUACUUUAACUAUUAAAACUGUGUUUUAAGUUAUUUUAUCUAUUGUGAAACAAAAUUGUAAUAUCUAGGAUGCAAGAAUUUUAAAGGCUGAAACAAGUAUAGCAAUCUAAAUAAAUAAAUGUAAUGAGGACACAGCUGUAAAUGAUUAUAGCUUAGGACUCUGUGUCGUUAAGUUCCACAUUCAAAUCCUGUCAAUCACCAAUAUAUUUAUUUAUAAAAUUCUAUGUAAUUAUUCUGGGCCCACCUUAAACCUAGAAGACAAAAAAUGUAGACUCAGAAAAUUAACUCUUCCCUUGCUAAGAUAAUGGGUCAAUCUGUUAAAGAGAAAUUCACUAAAUCCUACAUCAUAUAGGGCAAUUUAAGUGUCUCAUUUCGCCUAUUUUAUUUUAGAUCUUUUCUUUAAAAGGUUUGAGGAAAUGUAAUGUAAACGUACCUUUGAGCAAAUUUUAUAUUUUGCUAUGCAAAUUGUCCAUCCGUUGUUACAUUCAGAACAACUCAUAUGGAUGUUAGAUUUUUGAGCCAAUUAAAUACAACGAAGAUGUUAUCCAAAUACAGUCCAAUUGAAUAGUUUAAGUAGGUGAUUGUUAUUUUUCAAUUUUUAUUUAUGUGUGUAUAAUUUUUACCUUGCCGUACCAUAAAAGCAUGUUAAAGCUGAAUUCUAAAAAAAGUGUCAGUGGAAUAUCUAAGCUAGUUCUCUUUUACUGUUUUAGUGUGAAAUCCAAAAGGCCUGCCUCUCAGAGUAAAUUUCAUUGUUUAAUUGUAAGAGACCCAUAAAAUGAGGAUGUAUUUCAUAAUUUCAUGGAAAAAUUUUCUACGGCUAAGCAACAACUUUGCUCUGAGAAGUGUGGUAUGUUUUGUAAACAUACUUCAUGACUUCAAUGUUGCCUGUUUUAAUGUGCAUUCAAUGUAUUAGCAUGUUGUCUGAUUCCAAAACAAAUUUAGUGUGCACACAUUUAAUCGAAAGUUUAAAACAGCUUUUAAAAAUAACCAAUUGAAAAAAUAUUUGGUUCGUAACAUGAGAUAUUUCAAUGUAAAAUACGCACAAAGUAGAGUUAACCAGCUUGUAUGAGUAGAUAUGUGAAAUCGAGAGAAAAUUGCUUCAAAGGAAUCUAACUAAAUACUGCCAUUGAGCUGAAAAUGUCUGUAGAGAUUUAAUUACUGUAAAGAUUAAAGUUUGUGUAAGUUGUAAUGAUUGUUAGUAAGGGAACAUUAAAUGAAGAUUUCUAAAUAAAGUCCUUAAAGUGCUCAAAUAAAGUAUGUUUGUUGAUAAAUA